AAGAGAGAGAGAGAGGGAGAGAGAAAGAGAUAUCUAAAGCAGUAGAGGACACUUCUCUCAAUCACCUGUUCAGUCGUGAUUUAAAUUUGCGUCGUACCUGAAGCUGAAUUUAAUCCUUUGCAAUAUGUCCUUGCGGGGCACGUUAUUGUGUUUAUUUAUUGUUAUGCUAAUCAAUUGUUUACAAUGUUAUGCAGAGGAAAAUGUAACCGAUGUUACCGAAGAAACGCGAAACGAGGAUGCGCUCGCGAAAUUGGUGAGGAUGUUUUCCAAACCGGGAGCGUUUAAACGGAUAAAUACGUUGCUCGGUGAAAAUUCGAUUGAGGAAUCCUCAACAUCUUGUCCGAAAGGUGAAGAAGGUUUAGAUUGUAGAAGAGCGGAAGCUCGUAGAUCCGUUGAUUGUCCAGAAGGAGACUGUUAUUGUCAUAAUUGUGCCGCAGCAGGUCCCGAUUUUUGGGCAUCUUGUUGUCGCGAGAGUCUGAGAUGUUGCUCACAUCUUGCAGCUGCCUGUAGAACCUGCGAUCACCCUACUCUAUAUCCAUUUUGUUCAAAGCAUUUUAAAAAGUGUUUGAAUCAGAUGAACCAAAAGAAAUUAACAUAAAAGAUAAUUAUAUACAUUAUAUGUAUAUCUUUUUUUCUUUCUUACCAUUAUUUAACUUUUUUCUCUGUAUCUUUGUAAGAUAAUUUUAAAAAAUGUGAAACCGUCCAAUUUGUUAUUGCCAUUGUAUACGCAAUGGAAAUAAGUAAAUUUCAAAAUUUAUUUCUUGCAAUGUACUCGAAUUAUAUUGAAUAUUAAAAGUUUAAUUUUAAAAAA